GGGACGAGCGGCGGCUCAGCCCGGCGCCCUCCUCCUGAGAAGGGAUGCGGGAGGCGCGGCCGGGACACAGCUAGCGCGACCCGCGCCUCUCCCUCGACCUCCCCCCUCCCGCGUCCCCGACCACCAUGAGGGAAGAGAGAGAAACUGCCGCGGCGGCCGCCUCCUCCCACGGCCCCGGCAGAGCCCCGCAGCCCUGCCCGCAGCCGGACGGCGGCGGGGCGGCCCCCGCGGAGAGCCUGCGGAACGGAUACGUGAAGAGCUGCGCGACCCCCCUGCGCCAGGACCCCCCGAAGAGCCUCCUCUCCCUACUGCUCUUCCCUACCGCCUCCUCCUCCCGGGCUCGGCUCGCCCUGGGCGUCCUGGCCGCCGCUGUCCUCUCGCUCCUGGCCUUUCCCGGCCAGGGCAGCGUCCGGGAGCGGCAGGACGGGAGCGGCUGGCAGAGCCCGCGGCCGCUGCACGCCUUGCUGUGCCUGUCCCGCUGCCUCAGCCCCCUCUUCAGCAUCGCCUGUGCCUUCUUCUUCCUCACCUGCUACCUGGCCGGCGGCCGGCGCGGGGAGCUCGGCGGCGGCACUCCCCGCUGGUGGCUGCUGGCGCUGCCCGUGUGCUGCUACUCGGGGGACUUCGUGGCGCUGCAGUGGCUGCUGCCCGAGGAGGGGCACGAAGAGGAGCCGCAGAUGUUCCUAGGAAGGCUCCUGACAGUGCUGGGCUCGGUGACAGCGCUGACCCUGCUGCAGAGCUCUCUGAGGUUGCGCUGGAGCCUUCUCGUCUUGGUCUUCUCCAGCCUGGUGUGGCUGGUGCCGCUCGCUAGCUUCCCCUCGCUCCCCCCAGCCCUCAGACCGCUGCUGGCCGGCACGGCCGGGGUGGCAGGCUGCCUCCUGGCACUCUGUGGCGGGGAGCACGGCAUCUUCUCGGCUCACAGCCGAGGAGCGCACCACCAGCAUCAUCGCCACCCACGGCUCCCCAGCGUGGAGGAAAAAGUGCCUGUGAUCAGACCAAGGAGGAGAUCUAGCUGCGUGUCCUUAGGGGAAACUUCGGCCAGCUACUACGGCAGCUGCAAAAUGUUUAGGAGACCCUCGUUGCCUUGCAUUUCCAGAGAGCAGAUGAUACUUUGGGAUUGGGAUUUGAAGCAAUGGUACAAGCCCUAUUACCAGAAUGCUGGCAGUGGAAAUGGAGUUGAUCUUUCAGUGCUAAAUGAGGCUCGGAACAUGCUGACAGACCUCCUGGCUGAUCCAUCUCUUCCACCACAUGUGAUUUCUUCCCUUCGAAGCAUUAAUAGUCUGAUUGGUGCUUUCUCAGGCACAUGCAGGCCAAAGGCUAGUCCAUUCACACCAUUUCCUGGUUUCUUCCCCUGUCCUGAAAUAGAGGAUCCUGCUGAAAAAGAUCGAAAGCUGCUCAAGGGAUUAAAUAGCAGGAGUAGCCUGCCAACCCCACAGCUGAGACGAACUUCAGGAGUUUCUGGUGUGUCACCUAUAGAAUCAGCAUCUUCGAGAUGGGAACGAAGUAACAGCAAGAGAUCUCAUCAGGAAUAUAGCACAUCAAGCCAAGGAUCUCAUUCAAGUGGGUCUUUUGGUGCAAACUUGCUGACAAUACCAAAGCAAAGAUCAUCUUCUAUGACAUUGACUCAUUAUAUGGGUCCCAGACGAGCAGGUGCUUCGCCUGGUCUGAGUCCUGUGGGUUCACCCAGUCAUGGAUCUGUCUCCAGCGGGGCUUUCAGCAACUGGUCACCUGUAGAAUUUCCUGAUACUGCUGAUUUCCUUACAAAACCAAGCAUUAAUAUACAUAAGCCUCCAGGAUACACAUCUAGCUCUCCAGAUUUUCAGCAGCCAGUUAAAACACCUGUAGGUUAUAUGUGUAGCAGCUGUGGACGUCAGAUACUCAAGCCUGUUCCAACACCAGAACCAGAAUCUGCAGAACACAGCGACAGAAAAUCAGGUGAAAUUGGAAGUGCUAAUGUUUCAAAAGAAUCUUUCCACCAUACAGACAAGAAAAAAGAUGAAAGGAAGGAAAUGAUCGAUCAAACACAAAAUAAUCUGCUUGUGGAGCAGAGUUAUACAUUAGAAACAAUGUUAUUAGACCAUGAUUCACUAAUGGAGAAGAUGAGCAACUGGAAUUUCCAAAUUUUUGACCUUGUAAAAGAAAUGGGAGAUCAGUCCGGAAGGAUCCUUAGCCAGGUAACUUAUACCUUGUUUCAAGACACUGGCUUGUUUGAAAUUUUCAAAAUUCCAUCUCAAGAAUUCAUGAAUUACUUCCGUGCACUAGAAAAUGGCUACAGAGAUAUUCCCUAUCACAACCGUAUACAUGCCACGGAUGUUCUCCAUGCAGUGUGGUAUCUGACAACACGGCCCAUUCCUGGAUUUCAGCAAAUUCACAAUGAGCAUAUAAUGGAAAAUGAAAUGGAGGAAACCAGUGGUAUUGCCCCUGCUCAAGUCAGCUAUAUUUCUUCAAAAAGUUGUCCUAUUGCUGAUGACAGUUAUGGUUGUUUGGCAUCAAACAUUCCUGCUUUGGAAUUGAUGGCUUUAUAUGUAGCAGCUGCCAUGCACGAUUAUGAUCAUCCUGGUCGUACAAAUGCUUUUCUAGUGGCCACAAAUGCACCUCAGGCUGUUCUCUACAAUGACAGAUCAGUCUUAGAAAAUCACCACGCUGCUUCUGCCUGGAAUCUUUUCUUAUCACGACCAGAAUACAACUUUUUAUCAAAUCUUGAUCAUGUAGAAUUCAAGCGUUUUCGAUUCUUAGUGAUUGAAGCAAUCCUUGCCACAGAUCUAAAGAAGCAUUUUGAUUUCCUUGCAGAAUUUAAUGCCAAGGUCAAUGAUCUCAACAGUAAUGGUAUAGAAUGGAGCAAUGAAAACGAUCGACUACUGGCCUGUCAAAUAUGCAUCAAACUGGCAGAUAUUAAUGGCCCAGCCAAAAUUAGAGAGCUGCAUCUGAAGUGGACAGAAGGCAUCGUUAAUGAAUUUUAUGAACAGGGUGAUGAGGAAGCAAGUCUUGGAUUACCUAUAAGCCCCUUCAUGGAUCGUUCUUCUCCACAGCUUGCUAAACUGCAAGAAUCUUUCAUCACUCACAUAGUUGGUCCCCUUUGUAACUCCUACAAUGCAGCAGGGUUGCUUCCAGGGCAGUGGGUUGAUGAAGAGGAGGAGGAUGCAGAAAGUACUGAAGAUGAUGAUGGUGCACAGUUAGAGAGCGAUGAUGAAGAAAUGGAAGAUGAUCUUAUUUUAAAAGUUCAAAGAAAAAAAGGUAGACGAAUAUUUUGCCAGCUAAUACACCAUCUCAGUGAAAAUCACAAAAUAUGGAAGAAAGUCAUUGAAGAGGAAGAAAAAACCAAAACCGAAGGAGCUAAACUGCUGACUGAAAUCUCAUCUUUACCUCAAGCAGACGAAAUUCAGGUUAUUGAGGAAGCUGAUGAAGAUGAUGAACGACAACUAGGAGAAGACAAGACGUGCUAAGAAAACUCCAGUGGUGUCCAGUAUGAUGACAGCCUACAUUUUUUUCCACUGUGCUGACUUUAGCCUGACACAGUUUGCAUAAAAUUGAAAGGCCUUAAUACUGUGAGAGGAUUCUUUUUACUCUAGUGGAAUCCCACUCCUAUGCACUUUCGCCACACAGAAUAUGAAACUUUAUUCAGAGAUUGAAUAUUGUAUACCCUGAUGCAAAGUUCUUUAUGCCUUAGUUGGUAUAAAAUAUCCUGAUAUAAUGCUGCCUUGCUGAAUAUGGAACUCUUCUUUUCCCUGAGGUACCUGCAGUUUUUAAAAACAUUCAGUGACUUCAAUUACCAAAGUGGCAAGAACUUUUCGCUAACCAGGAAACGCAGGAUGAAUCGUAAUAUUGUCUUGAGUUGCUUAUUUCAUGUUGUUUUUGAACAUGAAUGAGAAAAGGUCUGUGCCUAUAUGAAAACUAUGUUACUGUUGCAGUGCAAGCCUGUUGUGGGGUGUCUACUUAGUGCAGUAGUGUGCUUAAUGUAGUCAUCUCAGAGCAACUGUUCAAGGACUGUGACAUAAAUGCUGAAUUCUGAUAUUUGUGGUUUAAAAUAAGAAAAGAAGAUCCAGGUGCAUCUAUUUCUGAUGCUUUUUAUUAUUGUGCAUAAUCUGAUGUUUUAUUUUUGCAGAAAAUAUUCAGGUUUGCAGUGGAUGUUCAUGAUAAUUCAUUGAAUACAAGGCCAUUAUCAUCUGUUGCCUUGCUGUUUUGUGGUAGAACAUUAAAAACCUGUUCCGCUACUUAAA